GAAUUAUAUAAGAUUAAGACACUCAGAAAAAGACUAUAAGACUUUGAGGGACCCAAUAGCGAUGGCCUCCAACCUACUUGCGACAUGCAAGAAUUACAUGUGUCUUGGGCAGAGUUGACUUCAAGGUUGGGCUGCUAAUAUAUCGAGAAGUGUUGAGCCAACUGUGUUCUGCACUUGAUUGUUUCGAAUUCUCGGCUUCAGCUUGGUUUGCCUCGGUUUCGCUGUGCCCAUGGUACUGAGUGAAGAGCAAGUGGGUGAGUUCACAGAGGCCUUCAGCUUGUUUGCUGGCUCUUCGAAGCUUGGCGGUGAUACCAAGAAGGUGGAAGCCAACAAGCUUGAUGUGUUGACUCGAUCGCUGGGUUUGAAUCUCUCAGACGCUGAGCUUGACGCCCGAAGGGCAGAGGUGGCCCGGGACAACGUGAUCCGCUUGGAGGACUUCCUCUCCAUGAUGGAUCGCUUGAUGGAAGCUCAGGCUGAAGAUGAGGAUGCAGAGCUACGGGAAGCCUUCAGGGUCUUUGACCGGGAUGGUCGCGGCUUCAUUGACAUGAAGGAACUCCGGAGUGUCAUGCUGAAUCUGGGUCGAGGACUGACCGGGUCUGAUGUGGACGAGUACGAGGAGCAGGAAGACGGGGAGUCGCGCUUGGUGGACUUUGAAGAGUUCAAGACCUUACUGGGAAGCUAGGUCGGACGUGAGCGAGGCGCGAGGCCCAGACCGUUCGGUCGAGCCGCUCGGUCCGACCCCGACCUUCUGAGAGUGUGGACCGAGCGGCUGUUUUCGAGGGAACGCCCGGUACAUUGGUGACCUGGGCUUUCCAAGUCUCAGAGUUGACGGCUGACGUUCCCAAAGGGAAUUUCAGACGUGAGACGAAAUGAGAAGCGGGAGUGAGAAGCGAAGUUCGAGGGCCGCUGGCGGCAAUAAGCAUCAAAUCAUGAGAACUAGGGGCUCCUGGCCCUACUACUAGGAACAAAGUCAACCCG